AUGGCGCAGUACGGGUAUGUUUCUCUCUCCCAUGGAGCUGACGGGACACACGACGACGAGUACGACCUCUCCGAACGCGGAAUACUGACAGACGAGCAUAGAUACGGUGGUCGUCAAAACCCCUUUGACCAGCGGGACGAUGGUCCCGGUGGAGGAUACGGAGGAGGAGCUCCUGCCAGAGGUCCUCCUCAGCAGGGCUUCGGCUCGGGACCUUCUCCCUACGGCGGUGGUGGAAACAGAGGAUACAACCAGGGACCAGCUAUGGGUAGGGACCAAUAUGGCGCCAACGUCGAGAUGGAAUCCCUCGCCCAGAACGCCAGCGGCUUCGGCCAGUCGUCGGAUCCUAACGCCAUCCUGAACGAGUGCCGAUCCAUCGACCAAGGAAUCGACGAGAUUGAGGCCAACCUGAACCAGCUGCGCAUGCUGCAGGAGCGUACCCUGACCGAUGCCGACACAUCAGCAAACUCAUCGACGGUCCGCCAGCUCGACGCCCUCUCCUCCGAGACGAUGACCCUGUACCGCGGCCUUACCGAUCGCGUGCGCCAAGUCAAGUCCUCGCCCGAUGGCCAGUCUGCCAGAAACUCGCCGCAGGUCGGCCGUAUCGAUCGCCGCCUGAAGGGUGCUAUUCAGCAGUAUCAGCAGGUCGAGUCGGCUUUCCGCAAGCGCACCCAGGACCAGAUGGCCCGCCAGUACCGCAUCGUUCGACCCGACGCCGACGAGCGCGAAGUCCGCGAGGCAGUUGAGGAUGCUGGUGCCGGUGCCCAGAUUUUCCAGCAGGCCGUGAUGCAGAGUGGUCGCCAGGCCCAGGCCAAUGCCGUGCUCAACGCCGUGCAGGACCGCCAAGCCGCCCUGAUGAAGAUCGAGCAACAGCUGAACGAGCUCGCACAGCUGUUCCAGGAUAUGGACACAUUGAUUGUGCAGCAAGAAGCCGCCGUUACGCAGAUCGAGCAGAAGGGCGAGGAGGUCGUUGAGAACCUUGAUAAGGGCAACCAAGAAAUCGGAACUGCAAUUACCACCGCCAAGGCAACCAAGAGGAAGAAGUGGUGGUGCCUGGGUAUCUGCGUCCUUAUUAUCAUUAUCAUCGCUGUCAUCGUUGCCAUUUACUUCGCCAUUAUCAAGCCCGGUCAGGCUGCUCCGGCUCCCGCCACCACCGCCCGCGCGAAGCGCAACAUUGGCAUGCUCGAGCUGCCCGACUUCUCGAACACGGUCCCUGUCGAUACUGGCGCCGCGCACCCUCAGAUUCUGAAGACGACGAGCCGCAUCAUGCGCCGCAUGGUUCAGCAGGGAGCUACCUGGGAGCCGACCGCCACUGUGCAAGACUCCGCCGUCGUCGCCCGCUUCGGUGGCAAGGUCGAUAUGCCUGCUGUCCGCAACUAA